AUGGCUCCUCUUCUCCGUGAACCGCUCCGGACACCGCUCCGGUUCUUGCUCAAUCACGUCCAUCCGGACAGACACCCCGAUCACCAGGCUAACCACCCAGCACUGACACACAUAUACAAUUUUCUAUGCAUGGUCCAUGGAGACCCCAUCGAAGACGAAGCACCAAACCCGCCCAUCGAGUUCAUCGACCAACCUGGGCUGACCACCACCAUACACCAAGAAUACAACCCCCUCUCCUCCCUCCUCACCACCCUCCAACAAACCACCCUAACCAACACCACCGAUUUCGAAACCACAACAGCAGUCCUCUCCCUUCUCACCACCAUCAACCACCUUCAAGACACCCCGCCAAGCAGCAUCAGUUCAAACCCCCUCCUGCUUCACAUCUACGCCGAAAUCUUCCGGCUCGUCGACACCUACGCUACGCUUCUCGUCUGGGAUCAUCAGAUCCUUCUCUCCGAGGGUACCAUCCUGGUGUCGAGACAUACGCCCGACUAUCGGAUGGAUCUUGGCCACUUGAAGAGGGAGUAUCAGUGGCACUAUGGGAUGUGUUGCACUCUGGUGCGGGAGUUUGGGGAGUUAGUGGAUGAGGAUUUGCGGCGACCUGGGUGGGAGUUUUCUGGGGAGGAAUCGUGGGUAGGGAUUUGGACGGGGGUGAGAAGGGUGAAGGAGACGUUGUGGGAUCUUGAGAUCGUGUGGGAUUGA